AUGACAGAAAUACCCGUUUAUAUAUCCGGCUACACAAAUAAAGAAAGCAGAGGCAUAUACCUUUAUUCAUUUGAUCCUGCUACAGGUGUUUUAAUACCCAAGGAUUUAGCUGCCGAGUCAGUGAAUCCUUCUUUCUUCACCAUCAAUAAAAGCAACCGGCAUUUGUAUGCUGUGAAUGAAGUACAAGAGUAUAAGGGUCAAAAGACGGGCUAUAUAUCAGCUUAUGUACGCGACAAAGAGACUGGUUUAUUGACGCUUGUAAAUGAGCAACCCUCUGCUGGUGAAGAUCCCUGUCAUUUAGUAUGCGAUUCAACUGGCAACUAUCUUCUUGUCGCAAACUAUUCAGGCGGCUCUAUUGGCGUCCUUCCUAUAAUUUCUCCAGGUUCACCAGAUUCAGCUUUAGGUAGAGUGAUAUCCAAUCCCAACCAUAACAGCCUUUACGACGCUACGUUCGGUGUAGCUAACCGUCAAGAAAAAGCACACAUUCACUCUAUUGACCUGGACCCCAUUGCUCAGCAUUACGCUUUUGCGAACGAUUUAGGAUGUGAUCUGCUUGUCACCUACAAAUUCGACCGUCAAAACAGUGGCGAGCUAAAUCCAUUUUCUACCUUCGAGUUCCCCAAGGGCGCAGGUCCUCGUCACUUGAAGUUUGCACCUAACCACAAUAACUUUUGCUAUGUGGUAGCAGAACUUUCAAACGAAGUCUUCAUGCUGGAAUUCAAUUUCCACGAAGGCAAGUUUUACAAAGUUCAACAAAUUCCUGCAUUACCCGAGGAUUUCAAAGACUUUAAUCUGGGAUCUGAAAUCGAUAUAUCUCCUAAUGGUAAAUUUCUAUACGUAUCUAUGCGGGGUUAUGACGCUAUUACGAUAUUUUCUAUCGAUGAAUGGUCAGGCAAGUUGUCCUUAGUAGGAUACCAAAAUACAGGUGGCAAGCAUCCGCGCCAUUUUACAAUUGAUCCUACAGGAAAUUUCUUAAUCGUUGGCAAUAUGCAUUCUAAUAAUGUAGUCGUCUUCAAAAUGAAUCAAAAUACAGGGUUGUUAACGCAAGUAUCAACUGUAGACCAUAUACAACCAACAUGCAUUCAAUUUUGGGCAUAA